AUGUACUUCUCCGCGCUUCUUCUGGCCCUUGCAGCCACUGCUUCAGCCGUCGAUGUCAGGGCCUACGGUGACACUGGCUGCAACGGGGGCUGGGUAGGCUGCGGGGGCAUUAACCCCGGCGUGUGCUGCGUGUUUAGCAACUCGGCAAGCAGUGGCAGGCUGAGCGUCUCUGUGAACGCUAUCCCAAGCAGCUGGCGUAUCCGCGGCGAGGCCAACACAGGCGGUGGCUGCACAUACCUCGCAAACCAGCAAGACUCAAACGGCAACACCGACAUUUGCAUGAGUUACUCGUCGCGCGGCGACCGUACCGGAGGCAGCUACUCGUUCGUCGGCCGCAAGCGCGCCGAUGACAAGUCGUGCCCCGCUGAGCAGCCCGAUGGCGGAAAGUGCGAAGCCAGCGUCGAGCCCAACGUGCUUGGCCUUGCGGAUGGCACCGUGUACAACAUUUCCGGCCUGACGGAGGAGAAGGUUCAGGAGUUGGAGAAGAUUGCCAACACCGGCGCUGGUGCCGACGCCGUGCCCGCCGAGUUCGAGAGCCUCCGCCGUUAG